AUGCAUCAGCAAAACCACCCAUCUCUAAACAUGCAUGGGCAAAUUAUACCGGAAGUAGAACAUCACAAACAUCUUCAAAUGACUGCUCGCUCUUGGCAUGAACACAUUAAGUAUAUAGUAAAUAAAGCAUGGAAACGGGUUCACAUUAUGCGUAGACUGAAAUUUACUCUUGAUAGGAAAUCUCUCGAAGUAAUAUACACCUCUUUCAUCCGACCAAUUCUAGAAUAUGCUGAUGUUAUAUGGAAUAAUUGCUCUAUGGCUGAAAAGGAUAUGUUUGACAAGUUCCAAAACGAAUGUGCUCGUAUUGUAUCGGGAGCAACCAAACUGGUCUCUCUCGAUAAAAUUCAACAGGAAGUAAAUUGGUCAUCCCUAAAAGAGAGACGACGCGUUCAAAGGCUUAUAAUGUUCUAUAAGAUGAUAAAUGGUCUUGCACCAGAAUAUCUAACAAAUCUCGUUCCCCCAAAUAUUGGAUCAUCGUCUUCGUACAACCUUCGAAACCCAGAUCAGUUGAGACCUGUACAUUCCCGAACUAACCAAUAUUACAAGUCUUUCUUACCCACGACAGUUCGCGAUUGGAAUAACCUAUUAACAGAUGUAAGAAAUUCACCCACUUAA